AUGGCGAGUAGAUUGUUUUGCUCUCCCAAUCACAGUUUCAAGUUUGGGGAAGUCUCUUUUGACCUGCUCACAGAUUUUCUUGUUAAUCUCAACAAAAGAAACAAAGAUAACCUCAACCAGCUAUCAAAAUGUAGCGGGACCUUCAAAGAUAAAAAACUCGUUGAGUACGUCUUCCUGAUCGCUAAAGAACUGAGACUCGAUCCACUGGUUGGAUACCAUGCCAUUGAAUUACUUCAAAGGUUCAUGGUCAAGCACCUCACAGAUUUGCUCACCACACCCACACCUCGAGGUGCAGCUGCUGAUCAGCCAGGAAGUUACGAGGAUGUUAUUUUUGACAAGAUCGAGGGGAAAUUCCCGCUCAUCGUCUUCUCCUGUGUGCAACUUGCGAGCAAGUUGUCUUUGCACAGUCAUAUAAUCGACAACAAUACUGCAGUGCAGUUUCUGCAUUCGGUCGGACACAGUGUUUCCAAGCAGACUCUCUUGAAAUCAGAGCUGAUGGUCUUGAAAGGGCUUGAAUUCAGACUAAAUGCCCCAAAUCCUCUGACAUAUGUGGAAAUACUUCUGGAGGUGCUGGGACAUAAUGAGCCGUCCAGCCCAGUGGACCGCCUGUAUGACUUGUGCCACCACGUUCUCCAGUUCGUCAGCCUGCAGAGGACUGCCAUCUACGACACCUUGUUGAAGAGUACCGUUCGGAGUGUCAGCCCAUCCAGAGAACAGAGAGAGACGUUUGUGACAGUGACUGAAGACUGCAUGCUUCUUGGUGUUGGUGUCAUUGCCGUGGCUGUGUUCAUCCUCCGUGUCAAAAAAUGGGAACAGGUUGUGGAAGAACUGAGCCAUAUCACAGCAAUCUCAAGGAAGAGCAUCAGCGAUUUCGCUCUUGUGACACUGACGCAUAUUGUUAGAUCCAAUUUCCCCGUAACAUCAACUUGA